AUGGCCAACAUGGCCAACCGACGGGGUAUGCCGUCACUCCCUGCCGCGCCCUCAUCGCGAACCAUCCCCGGCUCGCUGCUGCCAGAGCUGCCACCCAUCUCUGCCCUGUUCCUCAUCGAUUUCGACGUCAAAGCCGGAUACACGAUAAUAUGGAAGGAGGCUGUUCCGGGCCUGGAGCUGGAAGGCGUCGUCGAGUACAAGAGUCUUCCCUCAGGCUUGCACACCGUACCCGACGACCUGAUAUAUUUUGUCCACGAGGACGGCUACGCAGGACUCAGCGCAUUCAUCAACGCCCCCACCGAUGAGGAGGAGUCCCGCCACGCGCGCAUGAUCGCUGUCGGCGUGCUGGUGCCCCUGAGCUAUGGACGGCUUGGCAGGGCGUGGAGGCACGCCCAGGGACUAAAGGACAUGGCCGUCAAGCUUGCCGCCGACCGCAAACAGACGCAAAUGCUGGUGGAGUACUGGGAGAAGUGCGGGACGCGGGAUACCAGCGGGCAGCCACCAGCACCCUUCACGGACUCGCCCCUGAAUUCGCCCGCCCUGAGCUUUGUGAAACGCCCAAGUCCCACCGGAGACCGUCAUGCGAGGAACAGGUCGGCGUCAGAGGGAGCUGCAUUGCUGCCGCCGGGACACAGGCUUUCACCUUUCCACCCGGCUUGGAGCCUGAACAGGUUGCUGGAUACCUUCGGGCCCUUGAUCUUCCCCAUCCAGAGGGCAGCAUUGCUGCGCAAGCGCAUAUUGAUAUCGACUCAUGCCCCUGUACACGAGGCCUGUAAUUUUGUAUAUGACAUUUCUAUCCUUGCCAACAUACCCCAUUCUGUAUCUGACAUUCUUGACCCAUCCGCCCCGUCUCAGAGGCUGCGACCGCUGUUCACCAUCGGCGUGCACGAUAUACCAUUUCUCGUGGCAGACAGCGCAACCAAACGGCCCGGCCCCGCUCCUGAGCAACAACCGGGUAUUUUAGGCGACUCCAGCUCUGGCUGGAUCGCAUGUACAACCGACAGCAUUCUAGCGAUGAAGGAGGACCUUUGGGAUGUGCUGAUCACCAUGCCUCCACCGCAUACAGUGAAUGCCAAGGAGAAAGUCUGGCCGACAGUAGAGCUUCGCAAAGGGGCCGCUAUGAAGGCCACUCAGCGUGACUUGAGACGCUUCCGAACCCUGAAGGUAGGGCUCAGGCGCCUCGCAGCGACCUCGACCGCCAUUGAGGAGGAGGAAGAGGGUCCAAACAACAGCACCGAACCACAGCGACCGGGUUCUCUGUCUCACAGGCGGUCCCGCAUGUCUAUUUCUAGUAUCAAGACGACCAACUUCAUCCCCGACGGCGAGGACGCGCAUGUACUCGCCGAUGCGUCGGAUAAGAUUGUCGAGCCGAUGACGUGGGCCGCCCUCGCCUACAGCGGCUUCAUGUGGUGGGCCAGCGCCGGCGAGCAGCGCCGCUCCGACGAGGCAGAGGAGCAGGCCUACGACAACUCCCUCAUAGCAGACCUCCUGCCGGCGCCGUCGAUGCACCCGCCGCGGGAGUCAUCAGGCCAGCGGAGGCCGAGUGGCAGUUUCAACGUCACCGCGGUCCAGGAAGGAGGAGGCCUGGGUGACUCGGUGACGUCUCUGACGGCGCGAAGGACGCCCACGGCGGACGGGCCAUCGUCAUUGGGCGCCGAGGACGCCGAGGAGGAGAGGGCCAGGACGGAGCUGGCCAUUAUCACUUACUUUCACCGGCUGACGAGCGGAAUUCUCUCGACACUUGCGGAAGUAGUCGAGGCCACGGAGGAGUACGACGAUACGGACAUAUCGCAGCCGCAAACCGACGACGGUCGAGAAGGGGGCGAGGGCCAGUCAAAUCCCUUGCUGCAGGGGGCCACUAGGAGCGACAGCGAGGAUGUUUCCAGGCCGCCGGUCCGCGUUGACAGUGAUGCCCUGGCCGCCAUGGGCUUGGACGUAUGGAGCAACGCAGACGCUGAGUUCGUCAGCCAGGUACUCGACAGGUAUUUCAGCCGCGAGGCGAGGGUCGAGGGUAAGGGCGUGGAGUUGUGCGGCUUGAGGGUCUGCUAA